GAUAACCUAUUGGGACGUCUGAUCGAAUUAGAAAUAGCUCUUUCUGAAGAAAUUAAUUUCCAAAUAUGGUUGAUUUAAUUUUAUUGAUGAGAAUUUAAAGAAAUCAACACAAACAAUCGUAAACAUACAUGAUUUGAAUAUGAAAACGUGCAACGGCACUCAUCGUCAACUUAUAGUUAUACUUAAACGGUCAGUUUUGAAAAUUGAAUUCUUAUUUGCGGAUACAUUCGAGGUAAUUUGACUCACAUGAAAACUAUUAACAUACUUCUGAUAUUGACAGGGUGCAGGAAAUGAUAAUGGUACAAGCCUAAAUAGCAUGGUAGUUGCUAUAAAUAUAAUACCUCACAUACCCGACUAACAUCUCCCAUGACAUUCCACCUUGUGAUACUAGGGGUUAAGCAACUUCCGCUCUCAUGAAUGAUGUUGGCAUUAAGUACAUAUACAUUACAAAUAUUGACAUAUAAUACUGUUAAAAGUACCUUGUUCUGAAUGACCUUUAACCCGAUGUAUAGUUGACAAUGAUGACAUGGGUACUAAAUAGGACAUAUCCAAAUACAUCCUUUGAUGAAUAAAUGUAGCAAUGCCAAGUGACCCAGUGGUUUAUACAUAGCAAAGUGGACCUACCUUGUUGAGAGGCACGAGAGCAGUUAAGAUCAGCUAUGAGGGUAAUGUGGAUAUAAAUGGGGAAUACCACGUUCAGCAUCAUUCAAAUGCCACUAUAAUGACGCGAGUAGUAAACGGGGAGCCCAUUGAGCAAGAUAUUCGGGGAGACUGACAGCCUUUCUUGGAUUCUUAUUGGUCGAACUGCCGUAAUCAAUGAACUGGUUUCUGUAAUUAGCACAAAGGACCAUGUAAUUCGGUGUCAUGUGACUGGAAAGGCAAAUCGCCCUUAGUGAUAGUUGAAAGUGUGAGAUUUUGGUGAGUUACUACAUCAGGAGAACUGGAGUACAGCUGAUACCGAGCUGGAGGAGGGAACAGAGGCUCGGAGGUCGGCCCGCAACACGGCUACCGUAGGAUGGCCUCAGGUGGGGGUCCUGGAGGCCGGAGAAGAGGAAAGUGCAAGUGGUUUAACGUGGUAAAGAAAUACGGCUUUAUCACCCCCGAAGACAACGGCCAAGAUGUGUUUGUACAUCAGUCUGUGAUUCAGCGUGCCGGGUUCCGCAGCCUAGCAGACGGCGAAGAGGUGGAGUUCGAGUGCCGCAUUUCGGAUAAAGGUAUCGAAGCUACCCAUGUCAGCGGUCCCGGCGGACUAGACUGCAAGGGACGGCCGCCCAGGCAGAGAAAAUUCAAGUGUUACAACUGCGGGGAGUACAGUAAUCAUUUAGCAGCCAAAUGUCCCAAGGGCCCGUUGCCAAAGAGCUGCUACCAAUGCCAUGGGUCUGACCAUCUCAUAAAAGACUGUCCUAAACGAGAGCAAAAAAUUACGGGUAAAGACAAAGGUAACGGUGAUGGUUCUGACCCGCACUCGUCGAGCUCAGGGAACGCCGGAAGAAGCAACGGGGAACAGGGAACAUAGCAACCAAAGGCACGAGAUUCGCGCAAUGACAACAACAUCAUGGCUGGAUUUAACGACAUAGUUACUUAAUCACGUGCGGGACAACACGUGGGCCUCUCAAGUGUUUCGGACACGACUCGUUCAUGUGAGCGCUCACAUGAUUGUCAACUGACCGACUCCUAAUGAUAGAUCUCAAGACAAAGGGUCCACAAUCUUGAAAGCAUGUUUGGCCUCCCGCAACUGUGCCCUGGAGUUACUAGUAUUCCUUUGGUGCAUGUUGGUGCGGGACGUCUGGCGUUGGAACAAUCAAGCACCCCUUGCUGCCUUCAGGAACGUUUUGGGACUGUACGUCAUGUUCUUGGUGCAAAUAUCACUAACAGAACCUUUUCCUUGGGUUACAAGUAUUUCAAAUCAUAGUCUUGUUAUUUAUGGCGGCCCGCUAUCAUGUGUUUUGUUGACGUUUCGUCACACGUAUUUGUGUCACGUUUUAUUUGGCCAAACACUUUGUUGUGGAGCAUGACGACCGUUUUUCGCCCUACGGACUACUCGGCAUUAAUUGCCAAUAAAGGUCUCGUGGUCUCCAACAGGGUAUGGUGGCCCCCUUGAUUAUACAGUUCGAGUUUUGGUUGUGACAUUGACCUUAUACUACAUGAUAUUCAUACGAAGAUGAAGGAAAAUAGCACAAGACAUUUGCUCAGUCACAGUAGAGUAACGAUAGAUUUAUGCCGGAUUUAUGGACGGAUUGCUCAUGCCUCAAUGUGACUUAGGACAGCAAGUCACGGAGAAGAGAGGUGGGAGGGUUGCUGACUCAAGAAAAUGGUUAAGUUAAAUGCGUUUAGUAGUUGCUUAGAUAGUAGUAGAGCUUUAAUUGAGGGGUGCUUAAUGUAAAACCGGGAGUUGGCGGUUUAGAACACAUUUUGGAGAUUGUGGGGGUCAGUCGAUUGCAAAUUUAUCUAUUGGUUGGGGGGAAAAUUAGGUUUACGUUUUCGUCUCCUGCAUGUAUUUGGAUAUUGUUGGAGUCACGGUGUAAAGUAGAAGGAUGACAGCAACCCUUCAGCUUCUCUGUAAGAUACCACUCCACCCACAGAGAUGAGUGCAUUGCAUGUGAUGUGCACAUGUAUGUUGUAUAUCUUCCUCUAGAUCUGCCACCAACUGUACACGAUCUACCUCAAAAAGUAAAAAUGUGUAGGUUGUUUCUCUGGCCGACAUUUUGCGGUUUUGAAUAGUUGUUCAGUCAUCCGUCGCCAUUUUUAAUUUGGGACCCCGGGAUUUCGUCCUGGAAACCACUUGUGUACAAACGACCAGUGCAAUAUGUAUACCUCCUGGAAGCAGAGUCCAUUUGCCAUACACUUUUGUUAUGCAGGGUAGUCUUAAGAAAUUCGGGCACGUUAUGCAAUCGGCUAUACACCACUGGCAUUAAAAGGUGCACCUGUCCGCCCUAUACAACAAAAGAUUUGGCCAUUGGAAUGUUCUCUCUGUCGGUAUGGAUUGUAGCUGCUUAUGAUGCGCCUGUGCACCGUGGUAAGGUUCCGUAAUGGGAGCCCAUGCAGCAAUGCGAGAAUGCCUCAUCAGGUUUAACACUUCCUGGGAAGAAUUUAUUAUUUCAGAUUCAUAUUCAACAAUUUUCCUUUUGAAAAAAUGGCGGUGGCUCGUUUGACCUGCUAUUUCAUCGCGCCAUCUGUAGGUGAAGGAACCAAGCUAUAAGAUUUGAUGUUGUCCGCUGCGUCUCUCGCCAUACUUGCAUGUUAUGGUGCAAUGCUGAUCUGCCUUUGUGUAAACUAAGAGUAACCCUUUACGUUGGAUACUCUAAGGUGUAAAAUUGGUAACCUACUCCGUCACGAAACUUGAUGGCAAGAAUUUUUUGUCUGGUUUCCACUGCAAAUCCGAAAGUGUCAUCACUGGAUGGGUCAUUCAUCCGUGACUUCCUAACUCCACUUCGGGGUGGUUAAAUGUUGCAUUCGCUGCAGUGAAAACCAGGAAGUGCAUGAUUGAAAGGCGGCACUAUGGUCAUGCUCCGUUUCGUUAAUCUGACGUCACCUUCAUCUCGUCAGCUGCAUUAUCUUAAAGUAAACCUUUUGGAGUCGGCAGCCUACGUUUGGAGUAGCUUUAUGCUUGUAAUUAGGGGCAAAUAUUUCAUUCAACUGGAAUAGUUCAUUAUUUAGGCGUUUCUAUUGUGGUCUUGGUGCAAAUAUGUCACCCAGGAACUGUCGUGAUUUCGUCAGGGUGUUGAUUGACCUUUGUUUAGCCAAUUUCUCCGAUGGGAAAAAAUCUAGAGUUAAACCUUACAACAAAUUUUCUUACAACAUCUUAUGUUUCCAUCAUCGUAAUCAUUCCUCAUUCCUGCUAGGCGUGUGGAAAUGGAAAAUUGAAUCUCAACGGCAAAUUGAAUCUUCUCCAUUGAACUUUGGUUGUUCUGCCUGAAAGCAUGGACUGAAGGUCAAGUGUUGUCCACCCCAAAGGAAGCUUCUUAUGUGGAUGUGGUAUGGUGUCAUAUGACCAUUGAGGGAAAUAGCACGGCUCCCUAUUUGACACGAUCUGCAUGUUGAGUGUUUUUAAUAUACACCUUGAAUCAAUAAUUUGAAUAUUUUGGCAUCUUUACAAAGAAAAUAUCAACUCUGUCGGAUCUUGAUCCUUCCUGGAGCUAGUCAUUUGGGAGGAAAAAUUCCAAACGACUCUUCCAAAGAAUGUUACUAGUAUGUAAAUAGAAAUUGAGGAGAGUUCACCUCAGCCUUAUCAUCUUAGCUUUUUGCGUCUUUUCAAAAAUAACGCGGGCAAAUUUGGUGCUUUUGAAUUUGCUGUCUCAAAAUGUACAUAACAUCCAUGGCAGUGGCGGUAUUAUUCUCUGCAGGUUUUCUGGUGCUUGACAAAAGUUGUUGCCAAUAUUUGGUGGCGACUGGCGUGAUACAUCGGAAGGUCUGCACACGCCUGGCAUGGUAUGGCGAAAACUAAGUUUCUCCAACUUUUCAUGUGUGCUGCUCUGUUCAGACAAGUUUCUAUCCAUGGGUUCUUGAAGCUAAAUUGCAUGAUUGAUUACAUCUCAUAUUACUGAGUAUAUAAAUUUUGAUAACACCAUUCUGUUGUCAUAAUACCGGAAGCAUUAUUCCAUAAUGCCAUUCCUCUUACGUUGAUUGGAUUUUCACUUUUAACAUAAAAUUACUGAAUGUUAUACUCUCGAUCCCUCAAAGGUUAAGCUUGCCAAAUUUGUUUUCGACUUUGGGGUCUACUUCUCGGUCAACCCAGGUGACCAUUGGUUGCAAUAUCAUAACCGCUAAAACCAGAAUAGGGCAUUUUGAAAUUUCUAUAAAAUCAUUGACUGAGGCAAAGCUUUUAGAAUCGCAAUGACAUCACUAGCGUCCAAACUUGUGUCAAUUCCCUUUCGGAAGUGAAACUUAUUGUAGUUUUAUCCUAGUUUAUAUCAAAUCGCUUAGUAAAGUAAACAAGCGUCUGAUAAUUCAACAUAUGUAUUGUACAAAUUGGAGUUCACACAUGGAUUAGUCUGGAGAAACAGUGAAAAGGAGUCAUCACAUGUUAGCAAAUGAUCUCAAUAUUAAAUAACAAUUCGAGCUCGGAGAGGCUCCUUGUUGAAAGUGCACCACAAUAUCCACUGGUUUGAAAAAAAAUUAGAAAAAAUAGGAUUUUAUUCUGAGCAAAAAAAAUAUACAAGUACAGCAUGUCAUGUGUCAUCCAUUCGUCAAGACUGAUCAACGAAAAUAAAUCGUUAUCACUCGAUGCCUUUGUUAUGGAUUGCAUUAUAGAUGACAUGUAUUCAUAAUGCCGAUCCAGUACAAAGCAAGUGGCAGAAUUGAAAAGGGAUUCCAGUCUUCCAUAAAUGGGUGAAGCAUUUUUUGGACAUGCUGUCAAGUAAUCUUUGAUAUUUUUACGAUUUAGCUGGGGUAAGCUCUUCACAAGUCGCACAAAGCUCUUUCUCUGUUUAACAAACACUAUCUCCCAUGUUUGGUGAAUUAGGUUUUGAUACAGUUUUAUAUUCCACUGACAUUAAUAUGGUACAUGUUUUACUUUGUUUGUUAAUUGAAAUCUAUACAUAUAAUCAUAGUCUAGAUAAUGUUUUGAUAAUCAUUUCACCUGAAAGGUAUAUAAUCUUAUCGAGCUUGUUAUACAGAAAGAAUGCGACAGUCUGAUGCAAAGAGGGUGUGCAAUUUACACUAAACAUCAUAAAGAAGGUAUGUUUCGUAAUCCUUCAAACAACACCAUAGUCUCCUACCAUGACAUAUCAAUCUUAAGAUGAACUUGCUCGAGUCUGGUGUCUCUACAAUAAAACAUAAUUAGCCACCAUUAUAAAUGGAGCCUUCUCUAGUUUUGUCUUAAGGUUUGAUACUUUAAGGUGUGACAUCCAUUGCUUUGAUAUCUUAAAGACCCUCCUGAAUUCCAAUCGUAGUUUCAUUACUUCUACAAGAGGAUUUAGAACCUGCCUCUUUUUACUACUCCUGGUGUAAAUGCAGCAUUCAUGGCCAUACAUCAACUCCAUGAAACAUCUUGUCAGAUACUAUAGUUCAGGAAGCUAUCGCAAAGGAGAGCGUUGUUAUUGGCCGCCAUUUUGACGGACUAGGAAAACAAAUGUUAGUAAAGCAGCCGCUGCCAGAUUCAGAAUGGGGGCCAAUGUCGAUGUUCUCCUUAGCUUUGAGAACCAACAAGAUAAUCGUACCGGAAGUGACGCCCCUCCAUACAACAUCAUUUUUAUAUUCAUGCUUGAAAAGCACAAUAUGCUUAUGAAGCAUAUCAAUAAAUGUUCUUUUGUUUAAUGUUCAAGUUUGCCUUAUGAACAUAAAAUGUUUUAAAAUCAUGAGAGAGGGCCUUUGAAUGUGUUGCAAAAAAGAACUAAAUGGUCAGUGAUUGGUACCCAGACGUAAAGGAAUGAGUAUGUAGGAAGUCAGCUUUAGGCUAAUUAGUUUACAAUCCGUAAUGUACACCAUGUAAUGUACAUGUAAUGGUGUUCCCGUAUGCACACCAUAAUGUACAUAUACGGCGGCAUGUCGAUCGUUAAGUAUAAUUUUAAAUAGUAAUUUACGGUAUCUUGAAAAUGGAUGAUUCCAAAGAUUUUUGAAAGGGUUCUGUGAAGACAGACAUGGGUAGUCUACCAUAUCUAUAUUUCACCAAUGAUAAAACUGUCGGACUCGGAGACUUAGAGCAUGAACCCUCUACGCACAGCUGUCCUUUUCUGAACAAUUAACAACUAACAAGAACAAUUAAUUCAAAUGGUGUUGUAACAUACCAUACCCAAACUUAUUUACUGGUGUUCGCCUACUAAAUUAAACAGUGUAUUGUAUUUACUCGACUAUUUUGUAUUGUAAUGAUAAGAAUAGUUAUAUUUUUAAUCCACGGUUAAACCAUGAAUCUAAUGUAACUGUAUGCAACUAGAUUCAUGUUCAUAGGCCCUCAUCUUGACCAAUCGUCGAGCUCAUUAUACCACUACCACUAAACUGUUGAUAGUUUAGGAUGGUAAAAAUAUCACUUCUGUGCACAGGAGUAUAUAAAGCUGAUCGAAUGUACAGGAGGAUGAACAGUGGUUCGAUACAUAAACGCGCACUGUUGCAGUGCCUGUCAAAGCACAUGCACAUGACCGACAGAGUGAUUGGCAUGCACUGCGCGUACAUGUAUGUGGAAUGUUCAUGACAUUCGAACGGCUUGACAUACCCGCGUAAUUCUCUGUGCAUUAAUUAAGGUUUAACGUUCCAGCAUGCAUAUAAACGACACCAAAACGGGAAGUAGCAAAAGCAUCAUGGGAAAGAAUGGAAAUGUCAGACACGUGAUAUAUGUGUGUGCAAUCACCUCGGUCUUCGUUCUCAACUCCAUUUGGCUGAAAUCUGUUGUACAUUGCAGUAUACUGCAUUGUUGCUGUUGACUGCGCUCUAUGAGACAAUCUACACAUAAUCGCAGCCAGUCCGGACGGGUUGCAUUGGUUGACACGGACGUGUGCGUGCACAUUUAGAGUACCGUAUUUGUCAAACUUUGCACCUAAAAUACGUCAUGGGUUUUUUUCUGCUCGCUAUAGAAUUAAGCUUAUAGCUUUCAGAUCUUUUCUGUGAUUUGCAAUUGUGUGAAAAUAGACAAAAGCAACGUAUUGCCAAAUCGGCUGUCGAACUUCAAGGUGUUCAGGGCCACACGUGCCACUGCGGCAGACCGGUUGCAGGUAAACCACUCCCAUCAAUGGAGCCUUUUAGUGCUCAGCUCUGCAAUAUUGUUCAGCAAAAAACGACCAGUGGCAGUAGGCCCUACUCCUCAUCAGGGUAAUUCUUGGGUACUUCCCUUUCGGCGGCUACUAGCUGUUACUUUAUAUAUAUGGUUGUAAUUUGAUGUACAAAGGGCUUGCCUCCUUAUGUAAUUCAGGCUUCACUUGUUUUGUUUGAUAUGUGUUAGGUAAAUCGGAACCCGGGAUUGGAACCGAUAUCUUUGGCAAGUAUUAUGCCAUUCUAAAUACAUCAUGAAGCCUUAACCGAAUCCCCUCUAAACAUGCAUUGCUUUUCGCCUUACUUCUGUUUUUGCCCUGUAUGUUAAAAUGGCUGUAUCGGAAACAUAUUAGACUAAACGUAUUCUCUUUGUUCGCUUCGGUGUUUAAAAUAUUGUUAUUGUAAAACAUUGUAUGUUCUUAUAACUGUAAAUUACUUGUUUCAUUUACAUACUGAAAUUGAAAGAAGUGUGUUUUGGCCGUUGGCAGUAAAAUUAGGAAAAUGUGCUUUUUCGGGGGGGGGCUCUUAUUGAUAACGGGAUUAUCAGAUGUUUUUGCUACAUCCAGGUUUCAUAGCAUUUUACCUACCUCAUAUAUAACCUGAACAUUUUGGCAGCUGAAGGGAUUUUUUUCAUCUGUUGGGCAAGAGAAUAUCCCUGCCGGCAGACUGGGCUCAGGUGAUCUGGUAUUCAGUUACCCUACCCAUGCACCCUCGCGCUGCAACAUUGUUCAUAACCCAGUGCCAAUAGAUGUGUGUGGCGACGCCACUCUCAAUACUAAAAUUGUGGGUCAAAGGAACAUUAGCCAACUGGGGAAGAGGGGGGGGGGGGGUUAUUGCAGUUGACUACGCCCAAGUGGCGCAAGCAUUGACACUUUUGUAAUCUGCAGAGAGAUGUUUAGUUCCCAAUGAACAUUGUUCAGUUUGCAGAAAGAUGACUUAGUAAGGUCUCUGUUUGCAUCCAAUUCAUAUACGAUAAAUCCUUGUUCUCAAAUCAAAACUACCAAAUGUACAAGAAAGUUUAUAUUUAUUCGGAACUUUCUGAUUAUGUCGUUUUCUCUUCGUUUGUAAAUUUCUGUAAAUUGUAUGAUAUGUUACGUGUGGUUCUUUCGCUCAGUUGUGUUGCGUCAUUCUAGUAGUAUGAAUGUCAAUUGUUGUUUAGGAGCGCGUGACGUCACUGCAACGUCACGUGGUGUAAUUGUUUUGAGUUCAUAUCCUAUAAUAGGCUACCUAAUUACAGGGUACGCGCAUUUUGUAACCGCAGUGAAAUUUUAUAUUUUUGAUAAACUUGUAGCCCUUUUGGUAGGACUUGUGUUUGUAGGUGUUUAGCAAUGUAGCAAUGUUCAAUUUUUGGCGCCACCAUAAUACUCAACGAGUCAGAAUUCACUGUCGACCUACAGGCGGCGCUUCCGAUGCGUGUGCUGUCGCCUGGCGGCUGCAGUGAGCAAAACUGAACCCAGUAUUACUCAUUGUACUGAAGGAGUAGUAACUGUACACAAACGCCUGCAGGCGAAUAAAACACUCGGAGCGUGUACUUGUACAUCAUGAUAAUAAUCUCUUUUUGUUCUGGGUUUACUAGUAAUCAAAUAUUUCCUUCUAAAAUUACUACCAAAGUCUAUCGAGUCUAAAAUCCAAAACUGAUUUUCAAGUCUCUAUUUCAAUUUGUCUUAAUCAUUGUUGAUCCUAUUUUAGGAAUAUUUAGUGCAAGGUGAAAGUAUUAACAUUGUUGUUCAUAUUUACUUAAUGUGCUGUAGAAGUUUUCAAAUGUUUAUGAGAACUUAAAGGUGUCCCGUACUGUCUUACUUAGGAGUAUCAAUAUUUAAAAAAUCCACAUCGUGAGUCUGAAGCUGAAGCUAAAGGAGGUCGAAUAAUACACGGGGUAGUAUACUGCACAUGUCGCUGUGAAGGAUAUAUAUGGAAUUCGUUCCAUGUUAAGACGCUAGGCGCAACCACUUGGUGGUCGUGAUGACAUCGCAAAUACCACACAAUCUCGCGAGAGUUAACAAAAGCACUGUCCACUUACAUCAUAGCCCGACUUAGUUCAUUGUGUACCACACACUGAAAACAUUUAUUUCGUCAAAACGACGAACAUUUGCAUAGAUUUGGCAUUGUAUCACCAAAUUGAUUAUAAUAAUUUCGUCACAUCCGAUAUCCCUCAUCGCUAUAAAAACUAGAGUUGUGCCACAAAUACAGUCAUUUUGUGAAAGUCAUCGACGGACCUUAUCACUUACUUCGACAAAUUGUACGAUUCCUGGUUUGUCACGCUAUGUAAGUGACGAUUUUUCACUUUCACAAGUAAAAAUUUGUCAAAAGUGCCACUGUACGCGUGACAAACCGGGUUCGUCAAAAUGCCAUAGUAACAAACUUGGAUUUGUCAAAUUGAUGAAGACGUCGCUCAACUUGGUGAUAGAUCGACCAACUGAAGCUAUUCGUUUUGACGAACUAAUUGGGUUUUCAGUACAUCAUUGCUGGAGCGUUGGUCAUAGACAAAUCGAUCAGGUGCUUUUGCUCAGGGAUAUGUGUAUUUGAAUAACCCAUGGUGCAGCAAUACGUUCUGAAAUUGUCCAUUCAAAGUAUGUGGAUGUCGUCUCGCGUAAUCAACUGGAACUGCAUUUAAUAGCAUUUCAUGUGUUCAAAGAAACUGAAUCCAAGUUAAAUACACCAAGGAAUUAUGAUUCCAAAA